AUGCGGGCGAUGGUGAUUCUGCCCAAUGGCAUCAUGGGCCCCGUGCCUGCGACUAUCCCUGACGACAUGGCGCUGCCGCAGAAGUUCGCGCGCUGGCCCAACGGCAUCCCCGCGCCGCCCACAGAGGCGCCUUCUGUGGAGCUCAAGGAUGCGCCGGUGUCACCGGUGCCGGACAAGGAGCCAGCAGUGCUGCCCCCGGCUCGCGUGGAGCCGAGGGCGCCGGUGCUGCAGCGCGCCUUCAGCGUAAAUAGCGCCAUCUUCCGAAUUCAUUGGACAGUGGACGCCAAGGUCCUGAAAUCCUCCGACCGGGAGAAAGUGUCACCGCCCUUCGAAGUGUCCAUGGGAGGCAAGGAGGUCCAGUUUAAGAUGUGCCUCCGGCCCACCGUGACCUCGGAGAGCCGCGGCGGCGCCUCCUUCCGGAAGGCCAAGGGCAAGGGUACCGUGGACCUCAGGUGCUUAAACGAGCUCGACCCGGCGCGAAGCUGCCCCAUGUCCUUCCGGAUCGCCGUGGGGAAAGGCUCCGACGCCAAGCGCAUCUCUAGCACAGUGAGGCACGACUUCUCGCAGAGGGCCAUUUGUCCAUUGCCCGAUGGCGAGGAGGAGUGGGACUUCAAGACGGUGGUAGAUGAGGCCCUGUCGGGGCCAGUCUGGGCAGGUUAUGGGCCACAGAAACUGUCAUGCAUCCGGUCCGACGCAGGCGCAUUGCUUGCAGCGCUGUGCUCCAGUCUGGCAGUUGGCCUUCCCUUGAGGCUGGCCAAAGGUGCCUUAGAAGGCGUCCGCCAGGCGGACGCGGCUCAGCUUAUUGCAGACACUCAGGAGGCUCAGCGGCCCUCGAUUCUCUGGGUGCAGAACAUCGGGGAGUUCAUCCUGGGCUCCAUUCUGGUGCUCCUCUCCUUGACAGCGAGCUGGUUCUUCGAGCGCCAGCUUGCGCGUCUGGAGUGCUUGGUUUCCAUAGGCCGCAACAACUGCGUGAGCGUCACAGAGGCGCAGGAGAAGAACUGGGGUCAGCUGCUGCACAUCAAGGGGGACUUGCGGGCGGAGGCGCCCAUGAAGGACCCCCGCUUCGAGUCCGAGGUCCGAGGCGCCGCGCGGCUCCGGACCCGGGUGCAGGUCUUCGUGCCGGGCACUGGAUGGUCCGAGAAUGUCCGCGGUGCGGGUACGCGCAUCACCAAUUCCAGCCUGGUGAAGCUUGACGGCUUCGCGGUGCCAGACGGACUUCUAGAUCAGCUUGGCAGCUUUAGCUGCUUGAGCUCAGUUUUAGGUCUAGAGGUGCGCGGCAGUGAUGGCAAGGCCUACCAGCGGCACUCAGACGGAUUCUACUACUGGAGGUCUGGUAAGUGCACCGCCCAGCAGAUAGCAGAGGCCCCGUGCGAAAAAGAUCUGCGGGCCAGCUUCGAGCAGAGCUCCGAAAAGGCCACGGUGCUAGCCUUGCAGGCGCCGGUCAAAGAUGAGAUGGUCUUGCUGCCGUACAGGUGUAUUGCCCAGUGA